GCGGGCGAGAGCGGAAGAGACGAGGAGGAACAAUAAUAAACAGAGCGAGCUCUGUGGACUCAACACAGAUGUUUGUUGUUUUAUCCGAGUGGAUUUAUAUUUCAACCAACAUGCCGAGUCUUGCAUGUUUAUUGUUGUAGGCAGCUAAAGCAACCGGAGUGAAAUUGCCGUUAGUUAACAUUUAAGCAACCGGCCGCCAUGUCGUUAUUUAGUGUUCAAGCGAGGAAACAUACAGCUUAUUAUGACCACCUUAUGGCAACACCGACAUCCAGGACACCGGGCAGAGAGCGCAAGGCGACGGACACAACUGAGAUCACAUCCGAGGACUCUGCGUGUGAAGACAGCAAGACGUCCUCCGAUAAAGGCCGACAGGUCAACAGGACGUAUGUCGUCUCUGCGGUGUCCGGGAGCGGCAGCGGGCAGCACGCUCCCUACCUCCGGAGCCGACUCACUCUGCAGAGGAGGUCGAAGAGGAAGAGCGGGUCUGGAAGAGCGGACAAAACGAUGGUGGGCAGCCUGAACGCCCCCCGGCCCCCGGAGAGGAGACUGACUCUGCAGCGGAGGACCAGGACGCCCUCGACGGAUACAAGUGAAACGACGCCGAAAGUCCUCAGUGAACCAAAUGGCAGAGCAGGGAGUUUAUUCAGGAGUGGUAGUUUAAGAGAAAAUACCCUGAAAAGCAGAGUAGGAGACAUAAAUGGUGCUCAUGUGGAGACCCAGAGGAGGCCGGCGUGCAGCAGGACGCCCUCUUCCUCUUCUUCUUCUUCGUCCUCUUCGUCCAGGCAGCUGGAGGACCAGCCCCACACCUUUAAAACCCCCACGAGAAAGACCCCGUUUGAGAAAAUCGCCGCAAAGAGAGACGUGUUCGAGAGACUGGCGGUGAAAGACGCCCCUAAACCGGAGAGACCCAGGCCCCGAGCCCAGCCGGCGGGAGACACGAAACCUAGCCCGGCUCCUCGGGUCAGCAAGGCGGCCGCAGUUAUUAGGCCGUACGCCGCGCUGCAGGUGAGGAAGACCUCCACCUCGGGUCAAAGGAGAGACGUGACCCAGACCAGGACCUCCAUUCCUGCUCCAGCAUCGACCGAGCAGCUCCUGUCCAGGACCAGCGAGGCUCCUCUGAAAGAGCAGCAGGAUUUAUUUAAGAUGGAAAACAGCGCGGUGACUGUUGCAGUCCGUGUCCGCCCCUUCAAUGCCAGGGAGAAGGCAGAGAAGGCAUUGCAGGUCAUCUUCAUGAACGGUCAGGAGACUGCUGUCCAGCAUCCUGACACCAAACAGAGCUACACCUUCAACUACGACUUCUCCUUCUGCUCUGUGGAUGAGUGUGACCCCACCUUCGCCAGCCAGCAGACGGUGUACGAGACUCUGGCCAAACCUCUACUGCUGAGGGCCUUUGAAGGAUUCAACACCUGCCUGUUUGCUUACGGCCAAACAGGCUCUGGGAAGUCGUACACGAUGAUGGGCUUUGGAGAAGAGCAAGGGGUAAUCCCUCGAUUCUGCCACGAGCUUUUUACCAGACUGGCAUCCAUGGUGAAUGAAGAGGUCAAGUGUCAUGUAGAGAUGAGCUAUUUUGAAGUGUACAAUGAGAAGAUCCACGACCUGCUGGUGACCAGAGAUGAGCCAAACCAGAGGAUGAUGCCCCUGAGGGUGAGGGAACAUCCAGUCCAUGGUCCCUAUGUGUCUGACCUCUCUGCGAAUAUUGUGAGCUCCUACAAUGACAUUCAGGUUUGGCUGGCGCUGGGCAACAAGCAGAGAGCCACAGCAGCUACAGGAAUGAAUGACAAAAGCUCAAGAUCUCACUCCGUCUUCACCCUGAUUAUGACCCAGACUCAGACUGAGUUUGUGGAGGGCGAGGAACAUGAGCACAGUAUCACCAGCCGGAUCAACUUGGUGGACCUGGCAGGCAGCGAACGCUGCAAAUCAGCCCAGACAAGUGGAGACCGACUCAGGGAGGGUGCUAGCAUCAACAAAUCCCUGCUCACACUUGGAAAGGUCAUCUCUGCCCUGUCUGAACAAGCACUGACGAGGAAGAAGGUCUUCAUACCGUACAGAGAGUCUGUCCUUACAUGGCUGUUGAAAGAGAGCCUUGGUGGUAACUCCAAGACAGCCAUGAUCGCCACACUGAGCCCAGCCGGCAGCAAUGUGGAGGAAAGCCUGAGCACUCUGCGCUACGCCCAGCAGGCCCGCACCAUCAUCAACGUGGCAAAAGUCAACGAGGACACCAGCGCCAAGCUCAUCAGAGAGCUGAAGGCGGAGGUGGAGAAGCUGCGGUCAGCCCAGAUGAGCUCCCUGGGCAUCGAACCAGAGAGGGUCAGGUCGUUCCAGCAGGAGAUCGCUGGCCUGAGGAACAGACUCUGUCAGCAAGAGAGAGAAAUGGUUGAGGCCAAUCGGGCAUGGAGAGAGAAACUUGAGCAGGCUGAAAUACGCAAACGUGAAGAGACCAAAGAGUUGCAGAAAGCAGGUGUGACAUUUAAAGUGGACAAUCGUCUUCCUAACCUGGUGAAUCUGAACGAGGAUCCUCAGCUGUCUGAGAUGCUUCUCUACAUGAUCCAAGAGGGUCAAACCACAGUGGGCAAGCUCAAGUCUGAGUCCAGGCAUGACAUCCAGCUGACAGGAGCCCUCAUCGCUGACCAACACUGUGUAAUAACCAACAUCCAGGGCACUGUCAGCAUCAAUCCUAUGGACAAUGCAAAGACGUUUGUUAACGGAAACCUCAUAUCUGAAUCCACUGUCCUACACCAUGGCGACAGGGUGAUUCUUGGUGGAGACCACUACUUCCGCUUCAACCAUCCAGCAGAGGUGCAGUCUGGAAAGCGGGUGUCAUGCUGGACAGGCGCAGGCGAUGGCCACAAAGACUUUGAAUUCGCCAAAAAUGAGCUACUUGCGGCUCAAAGAGCUCAGCUGCAGGCAGAAAUUGAAGAAGCCCAUAUGAAGGCGAAAGAGGAGAUGAUGCAGGGAAUUCAGAUGGCAAAAGAAAUGGCCCAGAAAGAGCUUUCUGACCAGAAGCUGCUUUAUGAGGACAGGAUCCAAGCCCUGGAGAGAGAGCUGAACGAGGAGACUGAGCGGAAGCGUCAACAGGAUUUGGCCCAGCAGAGGGUGGCCAGCCAGAUGGCAGAGCUAAAAAUUGCCAAUCUGGAGCUGGAGCAUGAGAUGGACACGCAAAAGAAACGCGUCCGCCUGCACAUGGAGGCCCAGGCGAUGGAGGAACACCGUGUGUGUCAGGCGAAGAUUGUUGACGCCCUGGAGGCAGAGAAGAGAAAGAUCAGCAAAGAGCUCGAAGAGAUGCAGAAUAAAAGAGCUUUAAGGGAAAACCACACUCUCCGAAAUGUCUCUCCGCAGUGGGAUGCCAUGAAGUUGUCCCUGAUGAUUGAGGAAGCUAAUAAAAUCAGUGGUAAACUGAAAAAAAACACAGUCUUCAGCAGACACGAAAGCUCUGAAAAUGAGAACCCGGAGCAGGGUGGUCUGCUACAAGUGCGGGUUCAGAACAAAAAGCUGGGGAUCUCCACUUUCUGGAGCCUGGACAAGUUCCAAAACAACAUUGCUGCCAUGAGGGAACUCGAACAGGGGGAUUCCACCUCUAAAGAUGACGAUGUGUUUUAUGACCCUGAUGAUGAGUGGGAGCAAGAUAUAUCGGCCUCCUCUGCUUCCACCUCCUCCUUCUCACGCCGAAGGAGCAGGAGCUUGUUGAAAAGUAGGAGAAUCUCAGGGCGUCUCUACGAGAUCCGGGUCCAUCCGAUUCAGAGCCUCCACAACGGCUCCUCACAGUCUUCUGGGUUGAUUGGUAUGGCCAAACCGCCCUCCACCCAUUCCACCAGCACAGACUCGCCCAUGCCCGGCAUCUGCAAGGAGCUGAUUGGUCAGUCAGUGGCCCGUCUGCGCAGUUGCAGCGGGACAGAAGAGAGCAUGGCGGACAGGCUGGCCUCUGAUCUAAACUUGCUGUAUGUGGCGGUCCAAACCAUAUCUGACCUAUACGAUAGUCUGGAUGAAGACAGCCAAGAGAAUGUGUUUCUGUGUAACUUGGUGGCCCAGACUCAACUGCUCAGGGCCACCACGGCCGUAGAGAGUGCAGUGUUUGUUACCAUGCAGUGGUUGUCCAGCGUUAAACCCUCCUCCGGUCGGCUCUACAACAUCGCUGAGGAACUCAAGAGCCAAGUCAAGAAGAUGGGAGGAUUCUUCCAGCUGCUCAUUCAGGGUUGUGAAUCUGAGAUCACAUCAAUGGUGACAGAGGCACGAAGGAAGAGCAGCCAAUGCCUGGACGCAGCGUUGCUUGCACUUGGUCAUCUGGCGGCAGUGACAGGCAUGUCGCUGAAUGUUAUGGAGCGGGGUGCCCAGGCCACAGGCAAGCAAUCAGCUGUCAUGUGUCUGGUGAGGGGGACCAACAAGGGCGUCUGCUCUCUCUUAGAUGAAAGCCUCUUCAUCACCAGAGAAAUGCUGAGAGAGGCUCAGCUGGCCUACCCCAGGAACCCACUCCUGCAGAGCCUAAAAUCUAAGGCGCUCGACUUAGCCCGUGCUCUACAGAACUACAUGCAUUGCCAUAUCACGGAGAGAGAGACGGAGGAGGGGGAGGAGGUGGAGGAGGAGGCCUCAGCUUCCCAUUUGCAGAGACUGAGGACUACAGCGACCAAGCUGUUCCAGCUGAACCAGGCCAUUACACAGCUGCAUUCCUGUCUGUCUGCUGCCCUGCGAGGAAAAGACACAGACUCCAACCUCAGCAGCUGCAGAGGGCUGAUCUCCUCCUCUGCCAAGUCUGUCCAUGAGCUAAUCACUGGUCUGUCAAAGGAAGAAGCAUCGACGCCGUCCCUGCAGCUUCCCAUUCUUCAGAGUGUCAUAGCUGCUCGAGACGAGCUUCAUUUUGCCCUCCAGUCCCUGUCCUCCUGGAGCCAACAGGUUUCAGGAGAGAGCAGAAGCUCUGCUGCUUCUGAUAAAGACACAGAGGAUGAAAUAUUGAGUAAAGACACUCACACUGCUGUUAGAAAUCGAGUCAUGAGUAAGAUAGUGUACUCUCUCCCUCCAGGUGUGUCGUCCAAAGGCAGCAUGCACUGGGUAUGAUUUAUGUGUUAUUCUUUACGAUGUGCUACCAUCAUGUACGAUUUACGGUAUGAAUGAAAUUCUGAUAUAGAGAAAACUUCUGCUAGUAACAAGAAAUGAGUCGUGGCUAUGUUUUUGUACACUCCUGUAUCGCCAACCUGGAAUCACAAGAAACAAA